AUGGGUAUUACUCGUGAUAGCUGGCACAAACGGCGUGGCACCGGAGGAGCUCGCCCUCAGCCUCACGACAAGAGGAAGCACGAGCUUGGCCGCCCUUCCGCCAACACCAAGAUUGGUGGCAAGAGGAUCCAUCAAGUCAGAUGCCGUGGUGGAACCAUCAAGCACCGCGCUCUGCGUCUUGAUGCCGGAAACUUUGCCUGGGCCUCGGAGGGAACCGCAAGGAAGACCCGUAUCCUCGACACUGUCUACAACGCCACCAACAACGAGCUGGUGCGAACCAAGACUCUCGUCAAGGGAACCAUCGUUACCAUCGAUGCUCUGCCUUUCCGUCAGUGGUAUGAGAACCAUUACGCUCUGCCCCUCAGCCGGAGAAAGGGAGUCAAGAUCACCGAGGAGGAACAGGCCAAGCUUGAUGAGAAGAAAGUUGACGGCAAGCUGCCCAAGGAGUACCUUCUCCGUCAACGCAAGGCCGCCAUUGACCCGAAUGUUUCUGAGCAAUUCGCUACCGGAAAGCUUCUAGCCCGUCUAUCCUCUUCCCCCGGACAGGUCGGCCGCGCUGACGGCUACAUCCUCGAGGGCAAGGAACUCGACUUCUAUCUCCGUAAGAUCCGCGCCAAGAAGGCUAAA